CAUUGCGACUGACGACAGGCUCUCCAUAGCGCAUGUGCGCGCUGGUUGUUGUCAACGGUGGUUAUGGAGAUGGGAUGGGAGCGCAAGCUGUCAACAUUACGGUGAUGUUCGUGUGUCCAUUAGAGGGAUGCCCAGGAAGAUAGGAUUCAUUGUGGUCAACUCUUCAAGUCAUGAGGAUAACUUCAGUGCAAAGGAGCUCAUGGUCCAUGCACCCACAGUCAAUGGCUGGAGAUCCAGCAGGCUGUGCUCCUACCCUCAGUACGUCACCCUCCAGCUGGUGGAGAGAAGUAGGGUGAGGAAGCUGCAGCUGCUGGCUCAUCAGUACCUGAUCCCAGCCAAGGUGGAAUUUCACAUUGGAGACACCCUCCCUGAAACCACCACCUCUGGGUUCCCUGGGCAGCUUCGCCGACUCGGGUAUGUGUCUUUGUCGGACAAUGAGAAGACAGGCUUCAAAGCUCGGGAGUUGAAGUCGGUCCAUGUGGAUGCCAUCGGAACGUACCUGAGAAUAACCUUCCAUAGGAACCAUGCCAACCGUUACAAUCCCCACAGUCAGGUUGCUUUGGUUGCCAUUAAUGUUCUGGGAGAUUCUUUGGAUGGCAAUGCUUUUAACACAAUUCCAAGCAGAGAGCAGCUGAUCGAACACUACCUCAACAGUACCCAGCUGGAAGCCGCCUUGGACACGACCUUCAUGGGCAAAUGCGAGUUCAUCUCCCCCUUGGACGAUCUGGCCUUCGACAUGUACCAGGACCCUGAAGUUGCCCACAUAAUCCGUCUCCUGGACCAGAAGAAGCAGGACAUGGUCCGGCAGGAGAAAUACGAGCAGGCCAAGAAUCUGAAGCAGGCCAUCGCAGACCUGCAAAAGGUAGGGGAGCGUUUGGCUCGAUAUGAUGUGGAGAAGCGAUGUGCCAUCGAAAAGGAAGACUAUGAUCUUGCCAAGAAGAAAAAGGAGCUGAUGGAGGAGUACAGGAGGAGCGUCUACCAGCAGCUGGAGGUCCACAACCUGCUGGACAUGGCAAUGAUCACGAGGGCAGCAGAUUCAUCCCCAGCCCAGGAGUCUCCCUGUCUUCAGCCCUCAGGUCACUGCUCAGUCCCCACCAAGCCCCUUGUGUCCACAGAAACAUUCAGGAAGGGGAAAACAACUAACGCUGCUCAGAACCAACAGUCAGACACAGGAACGGUUGCGUCCAAAGUGAGCAGCCAACCUGACAUGCCGUGCGCCCCUGCUGCUGUACCCAAGAUUGACGUUUCUAGUGUGCCUUAUGACGAGAGACCACUGCCCACACUUCAAGGAAACCGACCUGUGGAGAGCCCUGCAGAGCAUCACUCUCCCCAACUCGAUACCCAGAAAACACCACACAGCCCUGAGAUGAGUGGAGAGCCAGAGCCCCUGACAGAGAAAGCCCAGAGAGAGGCUGGCCUGCCAAUAGAGGUCUAUGGAGAAAGCCUGGUGGCCGGGGCAUAUUCCAAAACCUGGUCUUACAGAGAGGAUGCUCUGCUGGCUGUGUACAAGAAGCUCUUGGAGCUACCACCCGCCAUCCCCAGGGAGGAGUUGAGAAACCUGAUAAGAGCUGCAGUCUUCCUGGUCAAGAAAGCCCUCCUGGAUAAAGUGUCCUCUGUUUUCCACGCCUCCUUGAAGCUUCUGCUUCUACUGCUGAGCCAGUUGAUCCCAAAUUUGGGCCGGGCUGAGGUGACCCACUGCUUGGAGCAGACCUGGCCUAACCUGCUGGCCAGGACUGGAGACUCAGCUGGCCGCCUCCGAGCCACAGCCUCUGCCUUCAUACAGGAAAUUGCUGUUUUGAAGGAUGUACGCGGCCUGCAGGUAAUCCCUGGUGAGCUGGUGAAGCCGUUCAAAUCCAACUUCCCUUCUCGUCUGGCUCGGAGUCGGGCCGAGCUGCUUGAGAAGCUACUACCUGAGCUGGGUACGGAGAACUCUGGCUUCACCAUGGACAAUGUCAUGAAGUUCUGUACAGCAGCUUUGGAGCACAGUGCAUCAGCGGUUCGAGAGCUGGCAGUGCGCAUCAUCUUAUCCAUGUACCAGCAGUAUAGAGCUGCUGUUCUCAGCUACCUUCCACACAAUGAUGCCGCCGCACGGAAGAACUUCCUCUACAAAUCCCUCUUCGAUGGCUUUGCCAAGAUUGACGGAAAGCUGGUGGAGACUCGUACUGUGAAGAAGGGUCAGCAGGAUGGGCAAAAAGAGAAGGAGGAGAUCCACUCCCUUCAGGAGCAGCUGGCUGCCUUGAAGGAGAUCACAGAGAGAGGACAUGAAAGCAUCGAAGGACCAAUGCCCAAGAAAGAAGCUGCCAAAGUUGAGAAACAGUCCCAAAAAGCUGGCAAAGCAACUGUCACUAAAGUGCCCCAGAACAAGGUUACCAACAGUGAUGACGUCCAACAAUCUGUCAACUAUCUGGACAACCUGUGUAUAUUCUGCGGUAAAACGGACGAGUCAUUCACAGAGGAUGGAUUGGACCUUCACUACUGGAAACACUGUCCUAUGCUGAGACGCUGCGAUGAAUGUAGACAGGUAGUCGAGAUAGCCAGCCUCACAGAGCACCUACUGGGUGAAUGCGAAAACAGGUCCAAGUUUAGCCAGUGCCCACGCUGCUCAGAGGCCAUGGCCACGGAAGAUCUGGCUCGCCAUGUCCAAGGUCCUGCCUGCAACCCCCCCGUCUCGGGUAAAGACUCCAACCACUGUCCUUUGUGUCACAACAACUUCAUGCCUGGAGAGGAGGCCUGGAAGGCUCACCUCAUGGGAAGGGAGGGCUGUAAACAAAACUCACGCAGGACUGUGGUGUCCCAGAGAACCCAGCCAGCACAAGGCAGGGCUGUCGGUGGAGCCAAGCUAAAGCAGGCCUUGUCGGUCGGGGCCAGAGCCAGACCCAUGGGAAGAGGCAGCCGGAUCCCAGCCCUGGCACCCCUGGCCAAAGGACAUACACCAGGGAAGCACACUUAGAAACAGUACUGAGAGGAGAGUAAGAAGGAGGUUUGGUUACAAGUAGAAGACUUUUCCUCCCUUGGCAACCCUGCAGCACACGAUGUUUCAGUCCUACAGCCACGGACAACCUGAGUGUAGCUUUGCUGUCAGCUUCACGCUUUGCCAUCUGUUUACAUAUUUAUUUUUAUUUCUUAUCUUAAAUAAAUUAUAUAAAAGAAAUGAA